UCGCGGGCCGUGUCAGCAAAAUUCUCUAAUUGCGUUAGCCUGAAGCUGUUCGUGUGACCCUUCUCUUCAGCUUCCACUCUUCCAGGCUAUCAGGAAUCGGGAGGGUUCCAACUUCCAAAUAGUGGGAAGGCAACGCAGGGGCGGCGUGUGAGGUUCCGGACAUGGAGAACCAGUUCCAGGAUGGCAAAGAGGAGGUCAUCCAAGCUUGGUACAUGGAUGACAGUGAAGAGGACCAGAGGCUUCCUCAUCAUCGUGAGCCCAAGGAAUUCAUUCCUCUUAGCAAACUUUCAGAGUUAGGAAUAUUAAGCUGGCGCCUGAAUGCUGAUGACUGGGAGAAUGAUGAGAACCUCAAGAAAAUCCGUGAGGCCAGGGGAUACUCUUACAUGGACAUUUGUGAUGUGUGUCCAGAAAAGCUGCCAAACUACGAGGCUAAGCUGAAGAAUUUCUUCGAAGAACACUUGCAUACUGAUGAAGAGAUACGCUAUUGUCUUGAGGGAAGUGGAUAUUUUGAUGUGAGGGACCAAAAUGAUCAAUGGAUCCGUGUUGCAGUGAAGAAAGGGGGCAUGAUUGUUUUGCCUGCAGGAAUGUAUCACCGCUUCACACUGGACAGUGAGAACUACAUCAAGGCAAUGCGUCUCUUUGUGGGAGAGCCUGUUUGGACACCAUACAAUCGUCCCCAUGACCACCUGCCUGCUAGAAAGGAGUACGUCGAAAAAAUUAUCAACAGAGGUGGAACUCAAGCUGUCGCAGCUCGCUGAAGGCAUUUCAACAUGUGCUUACAAGUUGAAUAUUCUGUUUCACACCACAGAUACUAAAUAAGAUGUGCUGCUGUUAGCUGUUGCACUGGUCUCCUGCCGACAUAUUUGCAUCAUUUGGCAGUAGUUUGCACAAACCUGCUUAAAAUCUUCCUGAAAAUCUGCAUGUCACCCUGUCAGCUGUUUAUAUACAAUAAUGGCAUUUCAGUCCACAGUCAGCAAGGGACCAAUGACAAAUGAUUGCGCUCAUGGUGUGCACAUUUGUGAUGAAACCAACAAUGAGUCAAUGAUUAAAACCGGCUGUCUGAAUCUCUAAAUUGUUUUUUCAGCACAAUGAUUGCGU